AGUUUUCUCAUGUAUUUAAUGAUUGCAGCACAUCUUGACAUUAUACACAUCUUUUAAAUAAAAAAAGUAAUUUGAACAAAUUUUCUUCAGCGAAAUAUUCACAAUGUCUGAGUAUGAAGUCGCUUCGAGUGGUCGAUUAAAAUUGAAAUGUGACUCUGGAAUUGUUAAGAAAAAAAAGAAAAAGAAGAUUAAAGAAAAAGAAUUAGAAAAGAUUAACAAAGGAAUUGAGGACAAUGAAGUAAAAUUAAAAGAACAUUAUGUACCACCAACAAAAGCUGAGUUGGCAUUUAUGAAACAACAAGAGAAAUUGCAAAAAGAAAAAAUUAUGAAAGUUGCAUCUAUGACACAUAAACAAAGAGUUGAAGAAUUUAAUAGACACCUCGAUAGUCUCACUGAACAUUUUGAUAUACCAAAAGUCAGUUGGACCAAAUAAAAACUUUUUUAAUAUUUAUAUUGUUUUAUACCUAUAAAAUAACACUUGGUACUUUAUUUUUGUUUUACUUUGAUCGAAUGCCUAAUAAUGUAUAAAUAUUUAUUUUUUAUCUUAAACAUUUAACUGUUAGUAGAAUUAAUUGUACAUUUUAAAAUAAAUUUACUCUAAAUAAAUGUAAUAAAAAAUUGUAUCUUAAA